AUGACAACUUCAACCCAAGGCUCAACGGUCGUAUAUGGUCGCCUUUACCUUAGUGACGAAGACAUCAAAGACAUCAAAGACAUAUUUCAGGUUCUAUACUCUGAAAUGACGGACAAAGAGGACGAACACGGAAUGGAUCGUGACGACGUAGAAUACAAAAAGAUGUUUGCCGAAAAGACCCAACGCAUGUCCAAUCUCCUCGGCGGAAGCGCAGAUAAACCGGCGCCCAAAACUCAUCCUGCAAAAGACACCAGCACAAGCAAAGAGAUGGGCGAAACAUCACUCGUCGAACCACGCCAUCAAGACAAGUAG